GAGCUUCAUUCCAUAGUUAAAUAAAGAACAAAAACUCAUAAAAUUCAUAUUGUGAGCUAUUUUUUGUUUUUAUGAGCUAAAUUCACUUUAUGGACUUACGUCCAGUUGUAGUUUAUGAGCUGAUUUGCCUCUUAAAUAUCAAAAGUUGGUAUGUCCGUACGUCUCGAAAUCUUGUGAAAGCAACUCCUCUUAAACCGGAUGGCAGAUUUUGCUUAAACUUCCAGGGAUGAACAACCUUUAUGUGUAAAUAUUAGUAAAGGAAGGAAUUUUUGCUGCAACCAAAUUUAAAGAGAAUUAUGGCCCUUUGUUGAUUUUUUCACUAUAUACCAUAUAGAAAUUUUGUGAACGCAACUCCUCUUAAACCGGAUGGCAGAUUUUGCUUAAAUUUCCAGAGAAGAACAACCUUUAUGUGUAGAUGGAAGUAAAGGAAGGAAUUUUUGCUGCAACCAAAUUUAACAGAAUUAUGGCCCUUUGUUGAUUUUUUCACUAUAUACCAUAUAUAUGUUGUCAGUGGGGGCAUCUGUGUCCUUUGGACACAGUUCUAGUCUUAUUUCUAAAGUCAAACACAUCAGCAGAGGUAUAAAAUUGUAGAAAAGAAUACUCCUACAAAACAUUUUUUUGUACAAAAUAUAAUUCAAAUUUGAUAUUUAACAUUGACGGUCAAGGUCAUUCAAAGGUCAAUGUCAAAUUUGAAUAAGUCAUCAAGUCAAUUUUAUCACAAGUGUUUAUAAAUUUUGACCAAAAUUUAUUCAAAUUCUUGAAUAAAUAACAAAGUACAUGAGGAAUUGUAUAUACUGACUGACUGAAUAAUGAACAUGGCAGAGUAAGAUAUGGUACAGAUAUGCUGUCUGAAAUUGGUCUGCAGUGAUCAUAUAGGUAGAAAUUUACUGCUUAAGGUUAAAUCUUUUAGGUAUUAUAUAUGAUUUUUAACUGACAGAUAAUAACACACAUUUGUUACAAUUUUAAAUAAGCAUCGUAUUUCUUUCACUUGUCAAUUUUGUAUUUACAGUUUGACGCCUUCAAGGUUUAUGAACCCUCACCGUAAUAUGCUUGGCCUUGGUAACUAUGAUGUUAAUGUAUUGACAGCUGCUUUACAAACCAAGGAUCUGUGUUUGAUAUGGUUUGAUAGAAGAAAGAAAGUAGAAAAGGUAAAUUUCAGCAAAGUUAAAGGUGUUAUUCUCAAUGUUCCAUCAGACUAUAAACUUGGCUUUGUCAAGAUUCCAUUCGACUUUAAACACUGGUAUGUUAUACGGGAAGUACAAGGAGCCUUCUACAAUCUAGAUUCUAAACUAGAUAAGCCUAUAAAACUUGGUGAGAGACAGGCAGCAGUUGACUUCUUAAAUGAACGAUUGAAAGAUGAGAAAACUCAGUUAUUGAUCGUGGUGGAGCCUUCAGUAGAAACUUCUGGAUCUUGGUAUAUGGAAGAUGUUAAUUCUUAAAAAAAAUGUUGUCUUUAGAUAAAUUGGAGAGAAGAUCAACCUUUUUUCAAAAUUCAUUUAAGUACCUGAGAAGUUUUUCAUGAUUUGGAAGUGUAUGUUAUCAAUUAAAUGAGUGUCAAAAUAAAAAGUGAUAAUAUAGAAGAAAUUACAGUACAAGUAUUGUUAAGAUAGGCAAAUAUGCUGACACAUCAUAAUUUUGAUAUAAAAGUGACAUAGACCUGUGAAUCUAUUGGCCCUUUUUGCCUCCUAAAGCUUUAAUAAACUAAUUAAAUAUAGAUCCUUUGGAGAGACUUUUAAAGGACAUGCUCAAUUAAUGGUUGCACAAGUUUAAUUGUGCUUUUUUUUCAUUCUUUGACUGUCUCGAGAAAAUGCUAAAAUAAAAUAUUGUUAAAUUUGUAUAACCAGUCUAGGUAUUUAUGUAUUUAUUUCAUUCCAUUUCUUUUAAAUAUUGUUCUUGCUGUAGUAAACAUUUAUGUAUAUAAAGGGGUUCAUAAAUAUCUUUGUUGAAAAAAAGUACAGUGAAUUUUUUUAUCUACAUGUAUGCUUAGGGUUUUAUGAACGCUGUGUUUAAUUCAGGUUAUAGAAACAUUAUGAUACAUACACAUUUAGGGGUUCAUAUUAAACGCUUUAUGAAAAAAGGUUAUAUUUAAAAUUAUAUGCAUCUACAUAUAUACUGGUAGUGGUACAUAAAUGCUUUGUGUAAAAAAGGAUUAUUAUAAGUUACUUUUUUGUUUAAAAAAUGGAUUAUUUUAUGUUACUUUAGAGUACCAUUAUAUAAGGGUUCAAAAGCUUUGUCAAAAAAGUGAAUUUUGUUACAUAUUAUUGUCUUGUAUACAUGUUAUUUAAUGAUUUUUAAUUAUGCGUUAUUUUUAUUUAUUUUUUCUUGUAAAAAUAAUUGGGUGUUUUCUAAUAUAGCAUAAAAUGUUACUAAACUAGUUGUUUUCAUUACCUUCAUAUGUAUUUACUAUUAAUAUUAGGUUAGUCUAGCUUCUUUUGCAUUCCUUUAUCAACUUUUUGGGUGAGGUGGAAGUUUAUGCGAUACAGACCCUGUAAAGAUCAUAAUUAUUUAGAUUUUUAAUCACACUGGCAUAGGCAAAUCUCAUAUUUCCCUCUGUGCAUUAUUUUAGGGAUG